AUUGACAAAAGCAUGACAUUUAAUAAUACUGAUGUACAACUAUUUGAAUUCACGGAAACAAGUCCCAAAAAGAAUGCCGAAUAUUUAAAAAUAGAACUAUUGAAUGAAGAUAAAUAUGGGGACGUACGAGCAUUUGGUAAGAGGAAAAGAGGAAAUGAUGUUAAUGAAAUG